AUGCGUGCAGCACACCCAAAGUAUGUUGAUAGUGUAAAAGUUAGCCGUCCAGUCUGCGUCUACGUCUAUCACGAGUCUUCGGUGUUGUUGGUUGGACUAAUGCAUCGGUGUGUUGGUUCUGAAAUGCUUUCCAAACCUAUCGAAAAGGCAGAACGGCCCGACACCUUCAGUCCGCCGGCUUAUGCUUCUGACCUACUGUUGGUCAUUAGUCUGCCCAACUGGAUUAUUCCAAAACACUGUGUCCGACGAAAGAAGAAGAAGGCCACCAAGAAGGCCGACUAUGCGGAGGUCUAUUUGUCUCCAGAGUCCGUGCCGUUGGCCGCAGCAGUUGGUACGCCAAGCCCUGCUGGUCCACCGCCUCCAGGCAGUCAACCCUUCUACAGGGCUGCUACCGUGGAGGCCGAGAGCGAGGAAGAGGAGGAGGAGGAGUCAGAAGACGAGGAACCGGGUGAUCUUGACAGCGGAGACUUGCGUAGUACCGGCCAAAUCCUCUGGAUCCGUGCUCUUAAGCUCUGCAUGCAUAUUCCAACCUCCACGGCCCUGUGUGAAGAGCUCGCUGGCUCUGUCGCUAUCUCCUCCUCCUCCUUUCCUCCUCGGCAUGCGGCCCUGUCUCUUUAUACACACCCAUCUAUGCGCGCACUCGCUCUCUCUCUCUCUCUCUCCCACACCCUCCCGACUGUGACUCUGUGA